CCGCUGUCGUUUCGAUCAAGCAGCGCGCAAGCAUCAGGUCAAGGUCCACCCAUCGCUACAGAAAUUAGGGGCGAGUUGCCGGAAAGAUGCAGGGAGGGUCGGCGUCGAUUGUUUCGUGUCUAUCUGGCUAUUUCUCUUUCCUUCCCUCGUCAUGCCUCCCAACAUCCGUUCUCCACGUGCACGCUGAGGUCAGCCGACGCGCGGGCCGUCCAGUGACGUCAGGAACGCGAAGCUUCAUUGAAAUUCCGGUGGCACGACUCAUUUCGUUUUCUUUUUCGUUUUUUCUUGAUCGCAACAAGCCCGGACCAUCGACCAAGCGAGAGCGAUUCUCUACCGGUCUGCGGAACCGUGCAGUCACUCGGAUACAGGCGCCACCAGUUCGCGUCUACGGCUUCCAGUCGAACACCCGUGGCAUGGAACGGCUCGUGCUUCUGCUGCUGCUGGCCUGUUGCACAGCUCGGGGAGCUUCAGCGAGCGACAAGCAGGGGCGACAGCAUGCAACAAAAGCAGAGCGCCAUGGUUCAUCAAGCAGAAGCGAUGAGCCAAGAAACGUUCCUGCUUCCGAAACCGCAGCCCUUGAAAAACCCGCCGUUUACAACCCCUUGGACGCCCAGAGUUCUAAACGACACGUAGACGUUCGGCCUCUUCCAGGACUAAAUAUCCCCCAAAACCACUACACUUUGCCUCAACUCUUCGACUCGGGCUUCGGUCCGACGGCGCAGGUCGGAGUCCCUUUUGGUGCCGACUUCGACCAGAACCGUGCCUUGUACCCAGAUCGCAUCGGGCGCCAGGAUCCAGGAAUAACUCAGAACUUCAGUCCGGGACCAAACCACAACCAAUUUCCAGGGUCGGAUGCGGACGGCACAUCACCAGCGGUGCUGGGAGCCAGACCUCUGGGCGGAGGAAGCGGCCCCAGCGCCGUCGGUAGCAGACCGGACGGGAGUAGCCGCGCCAAGGUGCCGCCCAUCGAGCUGUCGCGGGACCCCGAUGUGGUGACAGUGGCCGACAUCGAGCGGCUGGGCGACGCCAAGCUCGAGCGCACCGUUCGCGGCUACUACGACAGCGGCGCCGACAGGGAGCAGACACUCAGGGAGAACGUGCAGGCUUUCUCCAGGCUCCGCUUCCGACCCCAGGUGUUAGUGGACGUGUCCAAAACAAGCACGGCGACGAGGGUGCUCGGGCGGGAGAUAUCGAUGCCAAUUGGCAUAGCGCCAUCGGCGAUGCAGAAGCUGGCCCACCCUGUUGGAGAGGUGGGAACCGCAAAAGCGGCCGAGGCCGCAGGUACGGUGAUGAUCCUCAGCACCCUGAGCACCACAUCACUGGAGGAGGUGCGUCGGGGCGCGCCCAAUUGCCUGCUGUGGUACCAGCUCUACGUGUACCGGAACCGGUCCCUCACCGAGUCGCUGGUCAAGCGCGCUGUACAGGCGGGAUACUCGGCUCUGGUGCUGACGGUCGAUGCUCCCGUGUUCGGCCUCAGGAUAGCCGACGUCAAGAACAACUUCAGCCUGCCUCCAAACCUCAAGCUUGCGAACCUGGAAGGUUCCCUGUCUGACCUGUCCUCAAUGUCUGGCUCGGGGCUGACCGAGUACACAAACAGGCUGUUUAACCCGUCAGUUACUUGGGAGGAUGUGCCAUGGCUUCGAAAAAUCUCCGGUCUACCCGUCGUCAUCAAGGGCAUCGUGACGCCCGAGGCAGCUGUCUACGCGCAAACGUACGGAGCAGCUGCCGUCUUGGUAUCCAAUCACGGAGGUCGCCAGCUUGACGGAGCACCAGCGACGAUCGAGGCCCUGCCCGAGAUCGUCGCGGCGACUCGGGGUCGAGUGGAGGUCUACAUGGACGGCGGAGUGCGGAGCGGCGCCGACGCGGCCAAGGCGCUCAGCCUGGGGGCGCGCGCAGUGUUCGUGGGGAGGCCCGCCCUGUGGGGGCUCUCAUACAACGGUACGGAAGGUGUCGCCAGGAUGCUCGAGAUAUUGAGAUCAGAGUUUGAGCGAACCAUCGCUUUGCUCGGAUGCCCGGACUCCAACAAGUUGACGUCGAGGUACGUCGUCCGUGAAGAGUACUACUCGCAGCUCCACUGGCGAAGUUUCCCUCGCCAAGAGCUUUGAACAAACAAGGCCGAAUUACCCACUGCAUUGAUUGGCGAAUGCCUCGAGUGAGUGCAACCCGGGAAAAUAAUUGUAGAGGGACUCCCGAAGAUGCAAGUUUGCGAAGACGGCUGUAUGCUCUCGUAUCCUCAGGGGUUCAACCACAAGCCAUGCUGAUAGUGCGACGGCUGCACCAAGUGCCACGACCUCGAAAAGGGGGGAAAGACCUCAAAGUUCCGAAAAAGUACCCGUUUAAGUUUAUGAAUAACAAAGUAAAGGAUGUGCUGAUUACAUGA